AUGUUAACAUCUAGUGUUAUUACUGUGUUGGUGUAUUGCACGGUAUCUGGUUUUGCCUUACGGAAUGUUGAAGGAACAAAGCCGAUCUUGCAGAAAACAAUUGAAGCCCUAUUCAUGGACAGAACUGAAACAAUAUAUCCUGGAACAUGCAAAGUUUUCGUUUCAUCAAUGAAACAGGCGAAAAUGUGUAAGAAAGAACCUAGCUUGCCAAAAAUUAUCCAAAGAGCCAAGAAUCAAGCAAUCAAAGCUUGCAACGACACAUUUCAAUUCGAUCGAUGGAAUUGCUCCCUAUACUUCAAUAAGCCGAGAAAGAGUAUUUUCAAGAAGAUUUAUAGGGAAACUGCAUUUGUAUACGCUUUAAUGUCAGCUUCUAUGACUCAUGGUAUAUCCAGAGGAUGUGCUUCAGGAGAACUAGCCCGCUGCUCCUGUUUGGGACGUUCCAAAAACUCCUCCUGGGAAACAAAAGACUGUGGCGACGAUUUUAAAUACGGAAAACGGUUAACUAAAAACUUUUUUGACAUGAAACACGCUGGGACCGAUCAAAUUGGAGAAAUCCUCAAGCAGGAUAUAAAUAUCGGUAUGGAUUCUAUAGGAGAGCAAUUGAAGGAAGUCUGCAAGUGCCACGGGUUCUCUGGUUCGUGCACAACGAAGACAUGCUGGAGGAGACUUGGUCCUUUUAACUCAGCUAUGGGGUUGUUGAAGAAGCAUUACCAUCACGCUGUUAAAAAGAAGUUUGUUAAUUUCACAACUAAACGCGCUAUCACGCUAAAGGUUAGAAGAAAGAUGCAGAAGGAAAGAAAGAACUUAGUGUAUUUGCAAAAGACUCCAAAUCUCUGUGUUAGUACUAAGGGUAGGGUCUGUAAAGACAGACACAAUUGUGCAACCUUAUGCUGUGGGCGAGGGUAUAGCGUAGCUAAGAAAUUCGUGAGCACUAAAUGUAAAUGUAAGAUGGUGGACUGCUGUGCUGUUAAAUGUGAGACGUGCGUUGAAGAGAUUGAGACUUUUAGGUGUAAAUAA